UCCAUGGACAAGGUAAACAAUGUGACAGAAAUCAUUUUCUGGGGCCUUACUCAAGACCCUGUGGCUGCAGAAGUGUGUCUAGUGGUAUUCUCCUUCUUUUAUACAAUCAUUCUUCUAGGAAACCUGCUUAUCAUGCUGACAAUUUACAUGGGAAAUCUUUGGAAGUCACCCAUGUAUUUCUUCCUCAAUUGCCUGUCAUUUGUGGACAUUUGUUAUUCAUCAGUUACAGCACCAAAGCUGGUUUUUGAUCUCUUAGCAAAGAUAAAAAGAAUCUCCUAUGCAGGAUGCAUAUUACAACUCUUUGGGGUACAUUUCUUUGGAUGCACAGAGAUCUUCAUCCUUGUUGUCAUGGCUUAUGACCGAUACGUGGCAAUCUGUAAACCGCUACACUAUAUGACCAUCAUGGACCAGGAGAGAUGUAAUAAAAUCUUGCUUGGCACCUGGGUGGGUGCGUUCUUGCAUGCCAUGAUCCCAGUGUCUCUGAUUGUCCAACUGCCCUUUUGUGGACCCAAUGAGAUCAAUCACUACUUUUGUGAUAUCCAUCCUGUGCUGAAACUUGCCUGCACAGACACACACAUCAUUAGUGGUGUUGUGACAGCCAACAGUGGUACCAUCAGUCUGGGGAGUUUCGUCAUCUUGCUGAUCUCCUACACUGUUAUUCUGGUGUCUCUGAGGAAGAGGUCAGCAGAAGGUAGGCGCAAAGCUCUCUCUACCUGUGGCGCCCAUAUUGCUGUGGUCAUCAUCUUCUUUGUUCCCUGUACUUUUACCUACAUGCGCCCCGAUGUUACCUUUUCAGAUGAUAAGAUGGUGGCUGUGUUUUACACUAUUGUCACUCCUAUGUUAAAUCCUAUGAUUUAUACUCUCCGGAAUGCAGAAGUCAAGAAUGCCAUGAAGAAAUUGUGGUUCAGGAAGCUUUUCUGGGACAGGAACAAGAAAUAG